GGUGACGCGAUCGAACCCGGUGCUCUACGUUGUGACGUCAUAGAGCCUGCGGCCCCCACCCUCCCGCUUUCUCCCUGGACACCUCCCUCCGCUCUCUCCAAGGGGCGGGCGUUGCGAUGAAACGUGAUCAAGAGCCUAAGACGGCCCCUGGUGGAGCAGGUGAGGCGGGACCAGAUGGGAUGGCAGCGCGGGGCUGCCCCGGGCCCUAUCAUCAUGGGGCCCCGACCCAUCCUCCUUGGAAUAGACCUGCGAACUUCGCCACCCCUGUAGAACGCGCUCUGGUUCCAGCCUGUCCCAAGGGCCGGCCGGGACGGCUCCAACUCCAUCUCCUGAGCGGCGAGUUCGACCAGCUGCGAGACUUCCCCAUCUUUGAGAGCAACUUCAUGCAGGUGACCCGGUUAGGAGAAGUUGUCAACAAAGUCACCAUGGGGGUGGCAGCCUCCAGUCCAGCCCUGGAACUCCCAGACCUGUUGCUUCUGGCGGGCCCUGCCAAGGAGAACGGACGCCUGCAGCUCUUUGGGCUGUUCCCCUUGCAGUUCGUCCAGCUCUUCGUCCACGACGAAAGCCGCAGGCAGCUCAAGGUCAAGUUCCGCAGCGGCCGCGCCUUCUACCUGCAGCUGCGGGCGCCGCCGCAGACCCGCGACCGCGAGUUCGGCCAGUGGGUGCGUCUCCUCUACCGCCUGCGCUUCCAUUCGGCCCAGGGAGCCGUGCCCUUCACGCAGGAGUACCGGCUGGAGGACGAGGAGGACGAGGAGGAUCAAGAGGACGAGGAUGGGGAUCUGAUGGAGCGGGAGGAGGUGGGGAGAGGAGGGGCGGGGCUGCAAGGAGGCAGGAGGUGGGGCGGGGGCGGGGCUCCUGGGCCUGAGGGAGGCGGGGCUGGGGAUGAAAAGGUGGAGCCUGGACUCCAGGUUCUGAAGAAGGGGCUAGAGCCUGAAUGCCUGAGUAUUAGAGUGGAGGUGACGAGGGGCCCGGACUCCUCCGUCCUGAAAGGGGUGAAGUCUGUGCCCAGAGGACCCGACGAUCUCAAAGCAGGGGAAGGUCUGCAGGGCCUUGGUGCGCUAGCGAAAGUGGCUGUAGUUCCCUAAUUGGGCAUCCUACCACAGUGGGAUCUGGGGAGGGAAUGCCAGGCCCUGAAGGAGUGGGGUC